CGUAUCAUUUCCUUCUAUUGAUUCUAAUCAUUGCCAAACAUCGCUGUUUCUAUGAUGUUGCAACCAACCAACACGUGUAGACGAGCACUGCUCGGGAUGGCUCAAGAGCGGCGGAAGCAAAUAAAAUCACAGAUGCAAGUACAAUUCCAGAGACAAGGACAACGGACGAAACAUACAAGAUGCUCCUCGACAUCGCUCUUUUCAUCUUCGAGAAUAUCAUUGCAAUCMGCAACGACRCAGUGUGAAUAUCGUCCUAUUCGAUCAACAAUGGUGGGGGUAGUGGCAAGAACCACACAGCGGCGAUGGAAAUCUCUGGCACAGCAAGUUUCCAGCACGAACCAAAGACGAGACAAACCCCUGGCCAACGUCCAGAAGCAACUCUGGGAAUUUUAUUUUUCUACAGGCCGUGGAGCCAGUGCCAUCUUUGAGGUCAUUGACCUAAAGGAGAAAGGUGCUCUGGAACCCAAACAAGUCAAGGAAUUUAUCACCGAGGUCCUGAAAUAUCAAGAAAACGGAAAGACGGUCCAAGUUGACCCACGCGACAUAAUGCCCUACGCUUGGAACAUUUUGGAAAAACGAGAGCAGGAUGGCCAAACAUACGACAUACGAGACUUUAAGAAAUUUCUUGUUGCUGCCACCAAAAUGUCUGCCGAUACUAAAAACUCUCGGCUGAUGGAAUACCUGUCGAACAAUCCAAACGUUGGAGAAAACUCGUACCUUUCGGAUGCUGAGGAAGAGGAUCCCGUAUUUACCUGGAACGAAGAAUCGAUGUCCCAGUCCCUCCGGCGUAUGCAGUAUGCCGUCCGGGGAGAAGUUGUCAUGAAGGCCGAUCAACUGGCUUCGCAGGGCAAAGAAAUUCUAUACACGAACAUCGGGAAUCCACAUCAGGUUGGCCAAUCGCCCAUCACUUACUUUCGGCAGGUUCUGGCACUCUGCGAUUUGCCCGCCGACUGCGGGGUAGACCACCCCAAGGUUUACGAAAUGUUCCCAAGAGACGUGGUGGAGCGAGCCCGGGAGUAUAGAGAUAUCAUUGGUCCUUCGGGAACGGGAGCUUACUCACAUUCUCAAGGUAGGAUUUUUGAGGGAAAAAAUUCGUUGCGUUGGUAGAUAUCAUGCAUAGAUUGGUUGCUUUUGUGCGUCCUUCGUUUUGAGUUGGAUCGAUUCAUUGCACUCAUUUCCUUUGUAUUGUGCGGUUGCACACAGGCAUCCUGGGACUUCGCAAACACAUUGCAGAAUACAUUCAGAAGCGUGACGGAUACAAAUCUUUUCCCGGGAAUAUAUUUUUGACAAACGGUGCGUCGACUGCGAUUUCGAUGGUAUUACAGGGAUUGCUGGCCUCGAAUCGUGAUGCGGUCAUGAUUCCAAUUCCACAAUACCCAAUUUACUCUGCGCUCAUUAGCAAGCUAGGAGGACGGCAGGUUGGAUACGAUUUGGACGAGGGCAUGAACUGGGCCGUAAGUCGGGAGGAACUUGAAAAGAAACUCGAGAAAGCGAAGACCAAGGGACUCGAGGUUAAGGCCCUCGCAAUGAUAAAUCCUGGAAAUCCGUCUGGCAACGUCAUGACGCACUGCGAUAUUCAGACACUUACUGAGUUUUGUAACACUCAUGGGAUCGUCCUCUUGGCCGACGAGGUCUACCAAACGAACGUCUACGCAGAACAUGCGGAAUUUGUAAGUGCAAAAAAGGUCGCCAUGGAUUGCAAUCUAAAAAAUCUACAGCUGGUGAGUUUCCAUUCAACAUCCAAGGGACUGAUCGGCGAGUGCGGACGCCGGGGUGGCUACAUGGAACUCCACCAUAUCGACCCGUACGUUCAAUCGCAGCUGUACAAGUUGGCCUCUGCCGACCUUUGCUCGGGGGUCGUCGGCCAACUGAUGACGAGUUUGAUGGUCCGACCACCCGAACCGGGGAGCGAAAGCUAUGAACUGUACCAACAAGAAACCAAUGCCAUUUAUAACGGCUUGAAGGAGCGUGCGGAUAAGCUAGUCACUGGUUUGAACAAGAUCCCGGGGAUAUCCUGUGUUCCAGCGGAGGGAGCCAUGUACGCCUUUCCCUCUGUAGAGGUUCCGCCCAAGUGUUUAGAAGCCGCAAAGGAACUCGGAACUACACCUGACAAUCUCUAUGCACUCAGCUUGUUGGAAAUGACAGGCAUUUGCGUUGUUCCAGCCUCCGGAUUCGGUCAAAAGAAGGGACGAGUGGGAUUCCGAACUACAUUUUUGCACCCCGACACGGUGAAGGCAAUUGAUCUCUUUGCGCAGCACCAUGAAAAGUUCACUAAGGAAUAUUCAUAGCUAUACUGGAGUAAAAAUAACCUUGUGGU